AUAUUCUCGGGUGCGACGCAGUCGGUGCGCACUGAGCUGUCGCGUCGGGUGAGGCCAGGCAAGUGGGGAGCGGAGCACAGGAGAACUAUGCCAUUCCUGGGUCAGGACUGGAGAUCUCCUGGGUGGAGUUGGAUUAAAACUGAAGAUGGCUGGAAAAGAUGCGAGUCCUGCAAUCCGGAGCUGGGAAGAGAAAGCAGCCAGUGUAGUCUCAGCCAUGACRUUAUGUUAAAUAGUGAAGAUGAAGAGAUAUUCAAUAAUGAAGAAUGUGAAUAUGCGUCCAAAAAAAGGAAAAAGGACCAUUUCAGAAAUGACACAAAUACUCAAAGUUUUUAUCGUGAAAAAUGGAUCUAUGUCCAUAAAGAAAGCACAAAAGAAAGGCACGGCUACUGCACUCUAGGGGAGGCKUUCAACCGCCUGGACUUCUCCAGUGCCAUCCAGGAUAUCCGGAGGUUUACAUACGUGGUCAAACUAUUGCAGCUGAUUGCAAAAUCCCAGUUAACUUCAUUGAGUGGUGUUGCACAGAAGAAUUACUUCAACAUUCUGGAUAAAAUUGUUCAGAAGGUGCUCUGUGACCACCAGAACCCUCGCCUGAUCAAGAACCUCCUGCAGGACCUGAGCUCCACCCUCUGCACCCUCAUUAGAGGGGUAGGGAAGUCAGUGUUGGUGGGCAACAUCAACAUUUGGAUUUGCCGUUUAGAAACUGUCCUUAACUGGCAACAGCAACUACAGAACCUUCAGAUGACGAAGCAGGUGAAUGAUGGCCUCACCCUCAGCGACCUGCCGUUACACACGCUGAGCAACAUCCUCCACCGCUUCUCGGACGGGUGGGAUGUCGUCACCCUGGGCCAGGUGACGCCCACCCUGUACGUGCUCAGCGAGGACAGGCAACUGUGGAAGAAGCUGUGUCAGUACCAUUUUGCUGAAAAGCAGUUUUGUAGACAUUUGAUCCUUUCAGAAAAAGGACAUGUAGAAUGGAAGUUGAUGUAUUUCACACUUCAGAAGUAUUACCCAACCAAGGAGCAGUAUGGAGACACCUUGCAUUUUUGCCGGCACUGCAGCAUCCUCUUCUGGAAGGACUCAGGUCACCCCUGCACUGCGGCUGACCCGGACAGCUGCUUCACGCCCGUGUCCCCACAGCACUUCAUCGAUCUCUUCAAAUUCUAAAGGCAGCCCCCUGCUGGGCCGUCAGAUGUGAGCACCGCGCAUUCUGUGCUUCGUUGGUGGAGUGUUCUCGUGACCAAAAUCCAGGACGGUUCUGCUGCUGGCCGUAUCUGGAGGCCCACACUUCUGGAAAGAACUGGAAAGAACAUGAAAAACUGCCACUCUGGGCUGUGCAGCAGGAAUGGUGGUUGUACAUUUCUGUCUUUGAAGGAGUCAGGAGACCCAAGAAAAUCAUUUCUGUUCUUCCUUUUAAACUUCUUUUCUUCUAAGCAUCUUAAAAUUUGCAAUUUUGUAUAUUUAUAAAUCAGAUCAAAAAAGAUUUUUGGUUUUAAACUCUACAUUCUGUGCUAAAUAGAUACGAAUGACCAAGAAUAUGCUUCUGGGGUGUCAAGUGACAGUUUUCCAUGGACAUCUUCCACCCCACAGGGGAAGAGGGGAGAACACUGAUCCUUCUCCCCUCUUAAAUAAAUAAAUAUCGCAGUUACUUUCACAAAAGCCUUGGCRAUGCCAGGUAAGUCCUCCAAUAUCAGAGGGACCCAGGGAAGCACUGAGCAUGUCCCAUCAGCGGGGCGGGGCGGUGACUGUGCGGACUGUCCCUAGCCUUGCUGGGGGACGCCCAGGAGAAGGCCUCUGCCAGAAGGGCAGCAGCACAACGUGAAGACGGCCGCCACAGGAGCACAGUGGCCUSGUGUGUCCCGAGGUGGCUUUGCCAGUGUGCAUCCGACUGAAGACGAUGUCAAGUGAUGUCAUUCACAUCAGUCUAAAGAGUUUUAUUUUAAAACAAAGCAUGUCCAUUUUAGGAAAUUUUGAAAAUGAAGGUAUGUAAAUAAAUAAAUAUCACUCCUAAUUCCAUAAUGCAAAUCCAAGUAAGUGACCCUCAGCAGCUGCUGUGUGGAACUGCACCACUGUCCACUCAUCUCUGCAUGGGGUGAGAGACCUUGGCAAAUCAUUUCUUUAAAAAUGUCCUUCCCCCUGGGCACAGUUGCAC